UGUUGUAGUUGGCAUGAAAUCACUACAUAAACGACAGUUAAAUUGGUCCUUUAAGGACUUAUAUUUCACUAAGACUUGUCUACUUUCACUGCAAUAAGCUCCUUCAUUGAAGUUUCUUCAAGUAAAAGCAUUUGGCAUGGAGAACAACACGAAGGAAAUAGAGAGGGAGUGCCUACCAGUGAUCAAACUCUACAAAGACAAAACCGUGGAAAGACUCUACAUCUCAUCCCCGAUUGUUCCACCAUCCACUGAAGUCGUUCCAGGAGUUUCAUGCAAAGACAUUACCAUUUCCACCACUGUCUCAGCUCGUCUUUACCUCCCAAACCUCCGUGACAAUAACAAUCAGAAGCUUCCAAUUUUUAUCUAUUAUCAUGGAGGCUACUUCUGCUUCGAGUCUGCCUUCUCAACCCUCUUUCAUACCUACAUUUCCUCUCUAGCUUCCGAGGCCAAGGCUCUUGUCAUUUCGGUUGAGUACAGAUUAGCCCCCGAGCACGUUCUGCCCGCAGCUUAUGAGGAUUCUUGGGAAGCUCUCCAAUGGGUUGCUUCUCAUUCCACUAGAGAAAAAACAGACGAUGCAUGGCUUGAGAAUCAUGGAGACUUUGACAGGGUUUACAUAGGUGGAGAUAGCUGUGGUGCAAAUAUUGUACACAACAUGUUGUUACGUGCCAGUGUUGAAAAUCUAGCCGGUGAUGUGAAAAUAUUAGGUGCACUUUUGUCACAUCCUUAUUUUUGGGGGUCGAAGACUAUAAAAUCCGAAUCAAGUGACGAUCAUGAACAGAGGAUGCCUUAUAAGAUAUGGUAUUUUUCGUACCCGAAUGCAUCAGGCGGGAUUGAUAAUCCGAUGAUCAAUCCGUGGAUCGAUGGAGCACCGAGUCUGUCAUUGUUAGCCUGUUCGAAGCUGCUGGUGUGCGUCUCCGAGAAAGAUGAGUUGAGAGACAGAGGUCUGAAGUAUGUUGAGUGUGUGCAACAGAGCAAGUGGAAAGGUGAGAUAGAAGUGAUUGAAAUCCAAGGAGAGGAUCAUUGCUUUUUUCUUUUCAAUCCGGACACAGACAAGGCCAGGAGUUUAGUGAAGCGCUUUGCUGAUUUUAUCAAAUGACUCGUUUACUGAUCAGUAUAAGUCAUAAGUCAUUAUUUUAAGUAUACCGCGCUCGGAGCUGUAGUUCAUAAGAAAUUUCAGGUUUUGUUUUUCUUGUUGUGCCAAGUCCACAAGUCAAUAACGUGUUCACUUCCCUUGUUA